AUGACAGUUUCAGAACCCAACGUAGUGGUCUUGGUAGAGCCCAGUGCUUCGCUUCGUCAACAGCUGGAUCAGGUUCAACAGAGUGAACAUAGGGAUGCACCGAAUGAACUGCAGAGCACAAUUCUGGAUCUAUUUUGGCCUACUAUGGAGGAUUUGCACAGGACUGACAAAAAGCGAUUCAUCUUCACCGAUGCUGACCGCCCAAUGCCCCGGACUGCGAAAGGAACUGUGCAGCGCAAGCUUACGAUCACGCAAUAUGAAGAUAAGACUCAGGCAGCGUAA